AUGAGGUGCUUACACGGUGAACCCGCUGCUCAUUCGACUACUCAAAAUGGUUCCUUCUGGUUUUGCAAUCAGAAUCCUAGCUGCAAUUUCUUUUGCUGCGAGGAUGAGGGCUAUUUGUAUGAAAAGGCUAUAACUGCAUGGAGAGCUACGAAACAGCCUCAUCCUCGGUGUGGUGAACAUAGUAAACUUGCGAAAAUGCGGGUUGUUAGAAAUUUGAUGAAAGCAAGUUAUGGGAGACCGUUUUUUGUGUGUUCCAACAAGCUGAAGCCGUGUUCAUUCUGGGUAUGGGGUGAUGUACGACCUUUAGUCAAACCAGAGUGUCACCAUGGAUUACCGUGUAUGGUCCGUAAGGUGAAAAAGGAAGGUCUCAAUAAAGAUCGAGAGUUUUUCUGCUGUUCAAAUGACAAGGAAUCUUCAUGCAAGUACUUUGAUUGGGUGCCUGAGGAACCUUAUCAAGAUGUCAGUUUUGUGGAACCCCUUUCAAGUAAACCACCCGAAAAGCACGAGGAACAUUACCUGGCAAACAAAUUCAUAAACGAUUUUGCUAAUAGUUUGAACAUUUAA